UCCAAACGGGCUAAAUUUCGAGGAAAAUUGUUUUAUUUACCAAGUUUUAAAAAUAAAUAGCACUAAUAAUCCAAUUAGAAUCUUAUAUGAUAACGAUUUAAGGUUUGAGGGAUAUCAUAGCGCAAGUAACGACACGAGACUAUGUGAAUGUCUACACCCUCAGCAUGCCCACGUUCCUGACACCUGGCCGGCAUGGCUACAGUGUUAGAUUCUCCAGAACUCGGCCAGAUGCCCUUGCAGUGGCUACUAGCCAGUACUAUGGCCUGGCUGGUGGUGGAACAUUGUUCUUCCUGGAAAUCGCUCCAGAUGGAACAAGUGUGCUGGAGUUACAGAAGUUAGAAUGGACGGAUGGAUUGUUUGAUGUUACAUGGUCUGGCACGUCAGACAGCGUCGCCGCGUGUGGUUCAGGUGAUGGUACGGUCAUAGUGUGGCGCGUGGGUUGCGCGGCGCCGCUGCGUGUGCUGCGCGCGCAUCGGAGUGAAGUCUGCUCUGUGGACUGGUUGCGGACACAUCUGUUGAGCGCGAGCUGGGAUACGACGGUGAAAUUGUGGGACCCCGAGUCGGAAACAUGUCUCAAUACAUUCUCGGGUCACUCGCAGCUGGUUUACACGGCCGCGUUCUCACCACACUCGCCAGCAACAUUCGCGUCGGUGUCAGGUGAUGGACACCUCAAGUUAUGGUCCUGUACAGAACCUUCUCGACCAGCGGCUGUUGUUAAGGCGCAUGAUGCGGAGGUAUUAUCCUGUGAUUGGAGUAAAGCAGAGGCGCACGUGCUAGCGACAUCUGGGUCUGAUGGACUCAUUCGAGGCUGGGACCUUAGGAGACUUACAGCACCUAUGUUCACGCUUAAAGGAUGUGAGUGCGCUGUAAGAAGAGUUCAAUUUUCACCACACGCGUCUUCAGUAGUCGCCGCUGUGUCAUAUGACUUCACUACGAGGAUAUGGGACGUAAAGCGCGGUUGCGAGCCGCUAGAAACGAUCCGGCACCACUCGGAGUUCACAUACGGGCUCGACUGGAGCGCGUUACGGCCGCACCGCGUGGCCGACUGCGGGUGGGACUCGCUCGUGCACGUGUUCACGCCGCGCUCGCUGGCGGCGUACUGAGCGGGGGCGUGUGUGUUAUCUUCGUCUGGGAAUUUAUACCGUCUAGUGACGUCUAAGGCUGUGGAAGCAAGUGGAGGGUUGACUAUUUUGUUUGCUGGUUUCAUUUAAGUUGUAUUAUUUUUAUUUGUUUCACAUAAAAUCAUGUAGUUCAAUCUCUGAUUCAGAGUUGUGACGUUAUCAGAUGCAGACUACAGUCCAAAGUCCAAAUCAAGUGACGUGAAGUGUUUCGAUAAUCCGAUAGGGGGCCAUCAAUAAUUUAAAUGAAUGUGAAAAUAACAGAGGAAGUUUUGUGACGUCAUAAGCCAAGAUUGCAAUAAGUAUUAAAAUAAUUUCUAAGUCUAAAAUUUAUGGCGUCACAGUAAAGUUAAUAAAAAGCCACCACUCUGUUUCUUUCAUUCUUAGGUAAAAUAACUUGAGAGUGGAAGAAAUGGAACCAUUGUCGUAUACUAGUCAAAUAGACUCAUAAUCACGCUCAAAAAUUGUCCGAAACAAAACUCUGCUUUCGCGUGUAUUAGGCAGAGUUUUCUUAUGAGCAAUGACGAUAAGAUAGACUUUGAACAUUACUAACCAGAAAGAAGGUAUUAUGAUUUUGAGUCUAUUGCUUCAUACUUCAUAGUAUGUCAAAGAACAAAACACUGUUUAAAUAAGUAAAUGUUAAAUUAAUUUAAAAAAAUAAAGCACCCCAUGGAUGGCUCUAACUGAAUUUUUGAAAAAAAAUCCAGCAUUUUUUAGUUAUUAACGAGAGAUCUUUAGUAUAAUUUUUAUGUUCAUUUCUUUUUACGAAUCUGUUUUAGUAUGAUCUUUUUUGUUAUUAUUUGUUAAAAUUUUGGGAAUGGAAAUUAAAAACAGGGAGAUGAAUGAAUUUCGGUGGUUGGAGUGUAAAUACAAUUUAUAUUUGUUAAAUAUUUUAUAAUUUUUAGAUGUAAGUCUUUAUAAGCUAUUUUUAUUGCCUGUUAAAGGUUAUUGUAUCGUCUGUUUUAUUGUUGUAUUUUAUUAUAAUUCUGUUAUUAUUAACUUUAACAUUAGUUACUUACGAAAAUGAACUUCAAAAUUAAACUAACUUUCCGGUCGUGGCUUCGCUUAGUUAAAAGUUAUACACUAUAAAAAGUAUCAAAAUACUCCAACGUGGGAGAUCAAACAUUGUUAUAUUUGUAAGUAUUCAAUAAAAAAUCGCAUCGCAAAAUCGCAAUAAAAAAUCGUUAUUCUCUAACGGUGCAUUUACAUCAAACGAACAUGGAGCUAGAGCUAGAGCAAGAGCAUUCUUUCGUGUUCUUUUAGUGUAAACGAAAACUUUUAUUAAGUGUUAUUCAGUAUUAGAACAUUGCACAGAAUAUUUUCAAACGAACUAAGAACAACGAAAGAAUGCCCUACGCCUGUUUACGAGUGUAAACGCACGCACACAAAUGCAUUUGCUCGUUUGAUGUAAAUGCACCCUUACAUAUUAUAGAUUAAUAAUAACAGAAUAUUGAUAACUUUUAAAUGUAACAAAUAAAUUAAUGAAUUUUAGCAUUCCAGUAUAAUCGUUUAAUAUUUUAUGAAUUGUAUAAAUGUCGAUAAUAAUUGCUUAUUUUGUACAUAAUAAAUCUAUUUAUAAUGUUUAACCUAUGAUAUUAUUAUUAUUGUCUAAUAUUAUGUACUAUAUCACCAGCACAGUAUUGGUUUUUCUGCCAAUAUUAUAAUCAAACUUAAACAUUUAUUU